CAUCCGCUUUUUGUUAUCAACAACUAAACAAAUUUCCUCGUUCCUCAUAUUUUUUUUUCUUCCGCUUCUUAACCUCCCCUCCCUGAUCCUUCCAUAAGUUUCUUCUUCUUCUUUCUUUUUUGGGAUCUUAUUGGACCGUUAAAUCAUUGGUCGGCGUCGUAGAAGUCUCCGGCAUCGGCCGCUUGCCUUGCACCAUGGGCAAUGAACCGUCUACCUUGGUGGAUGAAGAUACCCCUCCGUCCGCACUAGAAGCUCGGACCCUUGAAGCGGUCGCUAAAUAUAUCAAAGAAAAGGAUGACUGCCGAAUUGUGUUGAUGGUGGGUGCUGGAAUCAGUACCUCGGCGGGCAUUCCCGAUUUUCGUUCCCCAGAAACAGGAAUCUAUGCAAAUCUAGCCCAUCUUGACUUGACGGAUCCUGAAGACGUGUUUGACAUUAGCUUCUUCAGGGAGAAUCCGCGACCGUUCUACGCAUUGGCGCGGGAGCUGGCCCCCGGCCGGUAUCGACCCACUAUUGCACAUUCUUUUGUUAAGCUGCUCUACGACAAGGGGUUUUUGAUGAAGCAUUUCACACAAAAUAUAGACUGUCUUGAGCGUCUGGCCGGUGUGCCCGGGGAGAUGAUUGUUGAGGCCCAUGGGAGCUUUGCAAACCAGCACUGUAUCGACUGCAAGGCCGAAUAUCCCGAACAAUUGAUGAAGCAGGCCAUCGAUGCAGGUGAGGUACCUCGGUGUACCCAUUGCACUGGGUUUGUAAAGCCCGAUAUUGUUUUUUUCGGAGAAGCGCUACCGGAGGAAUUUUUCCUUCACCGGACGCUUCCAGAGCAGGCGGAUCUUUGCAUUGUCAUGGGCACUAGUCUUUCUGUACAGCCUUUCGCUAGCUUACCGGCAUUUUGUCGGGAUGGAGCACCUCGCGUGCUCAUCAACAUGGAGCGUGUCGGUGGAAUGGGAUCCCGACCGGAUGACGUCCUUCUUCUAGGUGACUGUGAUGCUGGGGUGAGGAAAUUCGCCCGGGCAUUGGGGUGGGAACAGGAAUUAGAAUCGCUAUGGGAGAGCACGAAGCCUGAUAAGGAGGACCGGGAAGCUGAAUUGGAUCCUUUGCAGACCAGAGAUGAGCGGCUGCAGGAUGAAAUCGAGCGUCUUACUAAAGAGGUUGACCGUACUUUAGGCAUUUCAGAUGCAUAUCAACAACGAGUCCGGCAGAAUCUAGACCGGCAAAGUAAAGAAUCAGAGGAAGUGACUGAGGAGGGGUGUCGGAGUUACGGAGGCCUGGCACAUGUAUUUCCCCAUUUAGCGCAAGAGAAGAGACCAUCUGCCAUUUAGUGCAAUCAUAUGACUGGAGGUAUUGGUGGUACACGUUUGGUGGCGUUAUGGUUUGGAUUAAUGUGGUCAAAGCUCUCUGAUGAAUCUAUCAAUGUUGUUUAUUCUUGCAAAUUAUUAUUAUUAUUAUUAUCUAAUCUUUGGCGUGGG